AUGACCAAAAUAGAGUGUAAUGUUAUCGAUAAAACGCUGCUACGUCUGAAUGCGUGUCGCCUGAAGGCGGUGAAACGCGACGUUACUGAGGCGACAAUUCGCGUGCAGCUACUAAGAAAAAUUUACAAUUGCAAUUUGCAUGCUGAACUGCUGCGCAAGUACAACAACUAUCAGCCCUUCUUUAUCAAUAAAACUUUCGACGCUUGCGAGUUUUUGAAAACGCGUAAGAACGCUAUUUACUUCGACAUAUUAAUCAAACUGAUAGAGAAGUACACGAACGCCAAUCACACGUGUCCUUAUGAUGUCGGUUAUAACAUAAAGUUUCAGUGGUCUUAA